AUGUCUUUCUCCGGCCGUCGCGUCAGCAUCUUGCGCCCGGGAAACCGUCGGUUUUCUCUGGGCAAGGAAUUGUCCGAGAACGAACUCCGAUCGGAAACCCACCGGCAAUUCCGCAGCGCCCAUGAGGGUCACCGUCCCCAUGCCGGUCUCGAUGCCUCUCGUGCCUCCACGGGUGUCGUCUGGUGCACAGAACGUGCCACUGAGCACGGUUACGCAGAGGAUCCCUCUGCCUGGGCGAACCUGGGCCAGGGUGCCCCCGAGGCCGACGAUGAGAUCGAAGGCAGUUUCCCCCGUCCUACGAGCAUCCCCAUCACCUCCGCCGCCCGCGAAUACGGCCCGACCGCCGGUAUCAAGCCUCUGCGCGCCGCCGUCGCCCGGUUGUACAACGAACACUACCGUCAGGGCAAGGAGAGCCAGUACACUUGGGAGAACGUCUGCAUUGUCCCUGGUGGCCGUGCUGGGUUGAUCCGUAUCGCUGCCAUCCUGGGCAACUCCUACCUGUCUUUCCCUAUCCCCGAUUACUCCGCCUACUCGGAGAUGUUGACCUUGUUCAAGAACAUCGCGCCUAUCCCCAUUCCUCUUGCCCAGGAUGACCACUACCACAUUCACCCCGACAAGAUUGCCGAGGAGAUCGCCCGUGGUACCUCCGUUCUCUUGACCUCCAACCCCCGUAACCCCACCGGUCACUUUGUUGACAACGAGGAGCUCGCUCGCAUUCAAGACAUUUGCAGAGAUCGCGCGACACUGAUCCUCGAUGAGUUCUACGGUGGUUACAACUAUACCACGGACUGUGACGGAACCACGAUCAGCGGUGCUGAGCACGUGGUGGACGUUAACCAAGAUGAUGUGCUCCUGAUUGACGGUCUCACCAAGCGUUUCCGUCUCCCGGGAUGGCGUAUUGCCUGGGUUGUUGGCCCCAAGGAGUUUGUGGAUGCUCUGGGCUCUGCCGGUUCCUACUUGGACGGUGGCGCCAACGUGCCCUUCCAGGAGGCCGCCAUUCCCAUGCUUGAGCCCGACUUGGUGAGAGCCGAGAUGAAGGCGCUGCAAUCCCACUUCCGCGAGAAGAGAGAUUUCGUUCUUAAGCGCCUGCACGAGAUCGGCUUCCGCGUGAAGGAUGUCCCGCAGGCCACCUUCUACAUCUGGCUCGAUCUCACCUCUCUGGAGCCUCCUCUCCCCAAGGAGGCUAACAUUUCCGACGGGUUGAACUUCUUCAAUGCCCUUCUGACCGAGAAGGUCAUUGUGGUUCCCGGUAUUUUCUUCGACCUGAACCCCGCCAAGAGACGUGAUCUCUUCGACAGUCCUUGCCACCACUUCGUUCGUCUGAGCUACGGUCCCAAGAUGGAUGUCCUGAAGAUGGGUCUGGAUGGUAUUGAGCGGGUCAUCCGCCGCGCUCGCGCUCAGUUCGAGCCCAAGCCGGAGGACGAGGUCGCCGUGGAGGAUGAUUGA